UCUUCUCAGAAUGUCAUCGAGAGGACAUUAAAUAUGAAAACACAGAGCUAGCUGCGAAAGCUUCAUACGCUGAUGGUGAAUCAGUGAGACUGAACUGCAUGACCGGUUAUACCGGCUUGUAUAGAUUAAAGUGUGAAAAAGGAGAAUGGAAGAAAUCCAUUGAGCGGACAUGUGCAAAGAAGAAAUGUAGUAAUCCAGGCAACAUACCAAAUGGUGAUUUUGAACUUGCAGCGGGCACGGAAUUCGUUUUUGGAGCAACAUUGGUGUAUACUUGUAAGAAAGGGUAUGAAAUGGCAAGCAGAAUCACUCAGCGUACGUGCAGAGCUCAAGGAUGGGACAAUACUGUUCCUGUCUGUGAGGCUGUAAAAUGUCCAGCUAUUCAUACAGACUGGGAUGUAACUGCAUCAGGCAACACAGAGGAGGGAAGUUAUGGCAAUGUUAUUCACUUUGAGUGUGUAUCUUCUGGCAAAAAGAUAGACGGAAGUAGUGACAUUCACUGUGAAGAGACGGGAGAAUGGAGUGACGUUGUUCCAACAUGCAAAGUCUUUUCACCUGCUUGA